ACUGUCCCGAAUAUCCUCAACAAUGUCAGAUGAGGAUAAAAAAUAUGCCUAUCUUCCCUCAAGUAAACAAAGAGUUAAAUAUUUAGAUCCACCAACAGGAGGAAGACCAUACAUAGAAGGAUUUGAAAGUGUAUCCGAUGUUACCCAGGAAAGUUUCUCGGAGAAAUUAUUUGCAUAUUCCAAGAAAAAUCCUUUUGUGAUAGCAGGUUUUGGUGUUUGUUUUUAUGCCUUUGUCAACGGAGUUCGGGCUGUCAAGAAUAGGAACGCCGCUCUAUCUGAGAAAAUGAUGGCUAUUAGAGCCGGAUCAGGGGUAUUCAUCAUUGCAGCAUUAUGCCUUGGAAAUUACUACCAUAAUGGAACAUUUUUCCCUACAGCUAAAAUUGAGGAGAAAGCUGAGCAAGAGAGGAGGCGAGCCAAUGUGUAUUAUAUGGCUAUGAAACGUAAAGAGGAGGCAGAGGGAAGUGGGGGAGGGACCGCAACUGUCAACACAUAGACACAUAUAAAGAUA